CCUAGGUGGGGGAGAGGGGCAAGGGUAGUCAGAAAGCAGUACCUACUGGAGGGGCAGGGCUCGUGGGACAGUUCAGCCCACCUUGCUUUCCACCCGCCCCCCUCUGUGUCCCUCAUCCUAGAUCCCAAUAAGAACUCCUACAGCCCGGGUGCCAUUUGAAGGGGGUGACCAGCGGAUAAAGUUGGCCUACCCCCUAAUAAACACUAACUCUCCAAAGAAAACGAGUAAAGAACAUCACUAGCAGGUUAAAGGAGUGCCUCCCAAGUUUCCCCUCCUGUUUUGGGGGAGAUGGGCACCCGGAAAGCCACUGGCCAAGCACACGUUGGGGCAUUGGGGGCGGACUCGCGCCCCCUCUGGCGGCCACAUGAGGGGGUGCUUCGGUCGCGAGGAGGUGGAGGGGCUGCCCCGCCCCCUCCAGCAGGAGCCAAUGGGAGGUUGAGGCUCCGCCCUCCUCCGGGAGAGUAUUUAGAAGCUGACCAGGGAGGCACUCGGAGAGCUGGGGAAGCCAGAGGAGGGAGUGCUGAGCGCAGCACGGCCCCAAAUCGGGACCUGGAGCCGGGGAGCAGGGGCGGUUGACGUGCGGGGUGGAGCCCACAGCCGGCAGAACGGGGUGAGUCCCGGCGCGGCGUCGCCCACAGAGCCGCCCCCAUCCCACCCCCGGCAGACACCACCAUGGCCCGACUGGUGCUGCUGGGCGCACUGCUGUGCCUGCCGCACGUCGGGGUGGGUACCCUGGGCGCGGAAGGCUUCUUGCCCUCCGGGCCCCAUAACUGCCCCUACAAAUGUGUGUGCGCCGCCGACCUACUGAGCUGCGCGGGCCUGGGGCUGCGGGACGUGCCGGCUGCGCUGCCCGCCGCCGCCACAGACCUCGACCUGAGCCACAACGCACUCCGGCGCCUGCGCCCCGGCUGGCUGACGCCCCUUUCACAACUGCGCACCCUGCGCCUCGGCCACAACGAGCUGGACGUGCUGGGUCGCGGAGUCUUCACCAACGCCAGCGGCCUGCGGCUGCUCGACUUAUCCUCCAAUGCGCUGCGGGCGCUGGGACGCCACGACCUCGAGGGGCUGGGGGCGCUCGAGAGGCUGCUGCUGUUCAACAACCGCCUGGCGCACCUGGACGAGCGCGCCUUCCACGGCCUGGGCGCCCUCAGCCGUCUCUACUUGGGCUGCAACGAGCUCGCCACCUUCUCUUUCGACCACCUGCACGGCCUGCGUGCCGCCCACCUCCGGACUCUGGACCUCUCCUCCAACCGCCUGGGCCGCAUCCCCGUGGCCGACCUGGCCGCCCUGCCGGCCUUCCUCAAGAACGGCCUUUACCUGCACAACAACCCACUGCCCUGCGACUGCCGCCUCUACCACCUGCUGCAGCGCUGGCACGAGCGGGGCCUCAGCGCCGUGAGCGACUUCGCCCGCGAAUACAUGUGCCUGGCCUUCAAGGUGCCCACGUCCCGCGUGCGCUUCUUUGAGCACAGCCGGGUCUUCGAGAAUUGCUCGGCCGCCCUGGCCUGGGGCCUGGAGCGGCCGGAAGAGCAGCUGCACGUGCAGAUGGGUCGGCCUCUGAGGCUGCGCUGCAACACCAGCGCCCCCGCCGUGAGGGUCGCCUGGGUGUCACCGAGGCAGGAGCUGCUCGUGGCCCCGGGGUCCCAAGACGGCAGCAUCGUGGUGCUGGCUGACGGCAGCCUGGCCAUCAGCAACGUGCAGCCGCGGCACGAGGGGCUCUUCGUGUGCCUGGCCGCCGGGCCCCGCCUCCAUCACAACCAGACGCAUGAGUACAACGUGAGCGUGCACUCCCCGCGCCCUGAGCCCGAGCCUUUCAACACAGGCUUCACCACCCUGCUAGGCUGCGCCGUGGGCCUGACGCUCGUGCUGCUCUACCUGUUCGCGCCGCCCUGCCCCGGCUGCCGCCGCUGCUACCGCCGCACCUGCCGCUGCCGCCACUGGCCCCGGGCACCCAGCCCCCUGCAGGAGCUGAGUGCACAGUCCUCGGUACUCAGCACCACCCCACCGGAUGUGCCCAGCCGCAAGGCCAGUGUCCACAAGCAUGUGGUCUUCCUGGAGCCGGGCAGGAGGGGCCUCAACGGGCGUGUGCAGCUGGCAGUAGCCGAGGACUUUGAUCUCUACAAUCCCGUGGGCCUGCGGCUCCAGGCUGGCUCUGAGUCCGCUAGCUCCACGGGCUCUGAGGGUCUGGUGAUGACCUAGGCCGCCCUGGGCUCAGAGCCAGACCACCGACAGCCCACUGCUUGCCCCACUCCCUGCUCCCGCCCGGAUAACUGCCAAAUGCUGGUGGGAGCGCUGGGCUUGGUCCUCCAGUCUCUUGCGUGGCCUCGACCUCAACUACAGCAGCCCCACUCGCUGAUGGAAGGGCUGGGCUCCCCACCCUCUCCUGCUCCGCUCUAACACAGGGCCUGAAGGCCGUAGGCCCUCACAGGACCAGCUGGUGCCCAUACGUCCCAUAGGGCCUGAAACUGGGGCCAUCUGGAAGAGCCCUUGCAUUAGAGUCCGAGGCACACCCUUAGGGGCCAAGGCAGCUGUCAGGCAGUAGUGGUGAAGAACUGAAGCAUAACCACCUUCCCCUUCCCAGCGGGACAGGAGGAGCGUGGGCCCGCAGAGGAAGAGGAGAGCUCCAAAGGAAGACCUAGGACCCCACCCAGGGUGGAAGGAGGAAACAGGCGCCAGCAUCUAACCUCCUUCAAACUUCACAACUCCAUGCAGUCUGGUGGGCAGGCAGAAAGGAGGCAAGGCUCUUCAAGAGACUCCCCCGCCCCAGGAGGCCUGGCCUGAGUCCCAGCCCGAGCAGCCCCGACAUCUCUGGCCAGCGGCAUCCACAGGCCACUCUGAGGGCAGGGCCUCUUCCAUGGGCUCACAAGACAGCAGUAAGGGGCACCAUGGCCUGUACCCCAGCUUUUCAGCAGUAAAAAGCCUGCUGAGCACGGCCAAGAUGGGAGGGCUGAGCCGGAACUCGCUGUCCCUCGAGGGUAGAAGCCUCUUAAGGGCUGGCACGGGUCUCGGCCUAAUGGCUGAGGCAGUGCCCUGGUCUUAUAUGCAUCUUACUCCCCACCGCAGCAAGGCAGGGAAGAGGGGUCUGAGAACCCCUCCCAUGUGGGUGCUAAGCUGGGGGCUCCUACAAGCACCCUGGAUCCAGUUGGCCUGGAGUUCUUUAAUAAAGGUGGUACGUACUCAUUACCAGAGCCUUCGCGA